UGUAGUUUAAUAUAAAUGAAAACGAUUUUGACGAUAUCAAAUAUUAAUUAAAGAUUGUUUCCUUGGUUAUUAUAUAUUUGGAGUAAGAUAAGAACUAGGUCUGAAAGUGAAAAAAAUCACUGGAGGCAGAGAAGGGUAGUAACAAGAAUUAAGCAAAAUGGAGGUGGGUUUUCUUGGUUUAGGAAUAAUGGGAAAAGCCAUUUCUAUGAAUCUCCUUCAACAUGGGUUUAAAGUUACUGUGUGGAACAGGAGUUUGUCGAAGUGUAAUGAACUUGUGGCACAUGGAGCUACGGUGGGAGAAAGUCCGGCUGAAGUAGUUAAGAAGUGCAAGAUUACAUUUGGGAUGUUGGCUGAUCCUCCAGCUGCACUUUCGGUUGUGUUUGACAAAGGUGGUAUUUUGGAGCAAAUUUGCCCCGGAAAAGGUUACAUUGACAUGUCAACUGUUGAUCCUGAAACUUCUACAAAGAUCAGCCAGGCAAUUUCAGCUAAGGGUGGUCACUUCCUUGAGGCUCCAGUUUCAGGUAGCAAACAGCCUGCAGAAACUGGUCAACUAGUAAUUCUUUCAGCUGGGGAGAAGGCACUCUAUGAUGAUGCAAUUCCAGCUCUGAAUGUAAUCGGAAAGAAGUCUUUCUUCUUGGGGGAGAUUGGAAAUGGAGCGAAAAUGAAACUUGUUGUCAACAUGAUAAUGGGCUGUAUGAUGAAUGCAUUUUCUGAAGGGCUAGUACUGUCAGAAAAGAGUGGACUAGACCCUCGCAGUUUACUUGAAGUACUGGAUCUUGGUGGUAUUGCUAAUCCUAUGUUCAGGGGGAAAGGUCCUGGUAUGCUUCAGGGCAAUCACUCGCCUGCCUUCCCUCUUAAACAUCAGCAGAAGGACAUAAGACUUGCUCUUGCUCUUGGAGAUGAAAAUGCCGUAUCGAUGCCAGUAGCAGCAGCUGCUAAUGAGACUUACAAAAGGGCCAGAAACUUGGGAUUGGGGGACCUUGACUUUUCUGCUGUUUAUGAGGCCGUGAAGGGUCCUAAUUGAUCGCUUGAAGCCAUACUUUGUGCUUAACAACUUCAAAGUUAUUGCUUCUAAUGUAAGGUGGCUCAGAGUUUCAACAACUGUGAUGGCUGUGAUCAUUGAGAUACAAUAAUUUCAUGUAGUAUGUUCUCGUUGGAUUACUAGUUCCUUAUCUCCGUGGCUGUGUAAUGAACGUUUUUGAUCAAUGUGAAAUUAUAAUCCAUGAUAGAAUUAUAAAA